AUGACCGCUCGGCCCUCCAGCGACCCCGACGUUCUCCUCCAUCCACCAGCCACGUUCAUCCGACGUUCUCCCGAUUAUCAUUGUGGCAAGUUUUCAAUUUUUUUCAACUAUGGAGGAUACUUCGUCAAAUUGGAAAAUGUGGUUGACUACUUAGGUGGCAGUUUCAAGAGAGUCCAUGGUUUAGAUGUGGAUAGAUUUGGUUUUUUUGACUUAAAAGAAGAAGUUGAAAAGCUGGGUGUUGGUAAGUUUGAGAGAAUUGUCUACAGAGUUCCAUAUGUUACUGGAAAACGAAUCUUUAAAGAUGUAGUAGAUGAUAGUGUUGUUAUGGAGAUGAUUAGAGACAGUACUCAGAAAAGAUCAUUAGUAGAGGUUUAUGUGGUUGGGGAAAAUCAGACAUCCAAAAAGAAUGCAGGAGAAGCAGAGAAUGGUGUGGAGUUAGGAGUUGAGGCACAUAAAGAGAAAGAGAAGAACAAUGCAGGAGAAGCACAGAAAGGAAAGAAGAAUGCAAGAGUUGAGGGGCAAAUAGAUUGUGAUGCUGAUGAAGAAGAGGGGAAAAAUUCGCAGUUGUCUAAUUCAAAUGUGGGUGAAUGUGAAGUUCAAAGCUCUGGAGAUGAUAGUGAUGAUGAAGAUUAUUUUCCCAUGGGAGAUAGUUCAUCUGAUGAUGAACUUUCUGUAGAUGACUUUGCCUCUGAUGAUGAUGGUGAAUAUCUUGAGGCAAGGCAAAAUUUGAAGAACCAAAAAAAGAGGAGAUUGGAAGAUGAAGAGUGUGCAGAUAACAUUUCUUCA